UGAAUUGAAUGGGAAAAAAGAGAGGAGAUUCUGUUUUCUGCACUCGAGAACCGAGGUAGAAAGAAGAAAAGACACAGGAAAAACAACCAGCAGUUUUCCAGACACCCAACUCCAACAGUACUGUCGAAUGGGGCUUCCCACCACCACCACCCACACCCACACGAGGGGCUCUCGUUUUCCACCCAACCCUCACAAGGACACACGCACACACAAAGUUCUAGACAGACAGACUAAUGGAUACAUAUAGGGAGAGAAAUACAUUUAGAGAGAGAUAGAGAGAGAGAGAAAGAGACGUUUCUAGCUACUUCCUUCGUGUUCCAUUGAUCUUAGUUUCAUUCAUGGGCUUUCUCUUUUCUUUCUUGAUUAUGUCGUCCGCGCGCUCUGAGGAAAUGGAUACAUAUAUAUAGAGAGAGAAACCUAGAUACAUACAUAUAUAUAUAUAGAGAGAGAAAGAGAGAGAGAGAGAGAAACUCGUUUCUAUUUAGUACCUUUAAUUCUUGUUUGAAUAAUAAGAAUGAUGAAUCUGCAGCAGAAACUCUCGAGGAUUGCUGCUGCUACUCAUGAAAUCACAGCAAAAGGGUUUCAAGAUUCGGCAUUUGUAACCCCAUCUGAUUCCAAACCUCCUCAACAAAGAGAGAGUGAAAUGGGGUUUGAUCGGUAUCUGAUUAAUGGUCCAUUGAUGAAUGAGAAUGAGAAUGAGGUGAUGAAAAGGGCAGGGCGGACUGAUUCCCUGGAAAUUGGGGUGACAACGUCGUCCAAGGUAUGUAGCAGAGGGCAUUGGAGACCGCAUGAAGAUGCUAAACUCAAAGAGCUUGUUGCCAAGUUCGGCCCUCAUAACUGGAACAUCAUUGCUCAAAAUCUUCAAGGAAGAUCAGGGAAAAGUUGCAGACUGAGAUGGUUUAACCAGUUGGAUCCAAGGAUUAACAGGAGAGCAUUCAGCGAGGAGGAAGAGGAGAGGCUUUUGUCAGCCCACAAACUGUACGGCAACAAAUGGGCUAUGAUUGCGAGGCUGUUUCCUGGGAGAACCGACAACGCUGUCAAGAACCAUUGGCAUGUGAUUAUGGCAAGAAAACGAAGGGAAGAAAACUGCAUCUACAGACGGAAAAUGCCCUCAUCAUUCUUACACCUCCAACUCCAAGAAAACAACAGUCAUGAUCCAUCAACUGUUUCUAGCAACAACCUUAUAAAUAUUAUGAAUGUCGUCUUCGAUGAUCAGUUGUCUGCUGCCUCUACUUGCACCGCAGAUCUCUCCCUCACUCCAUCUUCACUCAAAACCCCUCAUUUCCUCAGCAGCUUUAGUCCUGCAGUUCAUCACCAAAAUCUCCUCUAUUCUGCUGCUGCUGGGAAAGAAGGGAAAGGGCCUGAAAAUCAUCAGGAUCAUGAUGAAUUAGGUUACUCAGAAUCAAAGUCUGAAGUUUCUGCAUCUGAAUCAGUAGCCAACAAUGAGGCCAAUCUGUUUAUGUGUGGGGAAGAUGAGAGUGGAAAAUUUGACAUGGGAUUCAUUGAUUUUCUUGGAGUAGGAGCUACUUGAUUUGACUGUGGGUUUUGGGGAAAAGGGUUUUAUUUUUUGAUAUAUGGGAAAGGGCAAAAUUAUUAUGCUUUUAGACAAGGGAUACAACAUUUUUAGUUUUUGGAGUUUUUAAGAUGAUAGUAAGAUUAAAAAAAAAUCUAUAAAUUUAGUUCUUUAUUUUACGAAAAUUGUAAAAUGGUGCAAAAAUUGAGAAAAAUUCGACACAUUUAAUCAUGUGUUUUACAGUAUUUAUGGAACUAAAUAUGUUGAUAUUUCUCAAUUUUGAGGCUAUUUCGAAGAUUUUAUAAAGUAGAAGAUUAAAUGUGUCGAAUUUUCAAUUUUAAGAUCAUUCUAAAUUUUUUUAUAAAUAUUAAACUCUAUUCCAUGGGGUUAUGAUCAUUGC